AUGGACUCAUUUAUACAUACUAUUUAGAGUAUAUCAAAUAUACUAGAUGCACAAACUGACCUCAAACACAUAAAAAACACAUUCAAAUGCUUGACUUCUGAUUACAAAUUACAACUCAAAAUUAACUCACUUCUUGUACAUAUACUUCAUUUUAUUAAUAGUUACUCAUCCAUCUAAGUUAAUAAGAUAAAAUUAGAAAUGCCUUAAAUAAAGAUCAAUUACUAUAUGAUUUCAUACUCUAAACAUGUUAGAAUGAAUAAAAUGCUCUUAAUUAGAUUUCUUUGGAAACUUUAAAAUAUUUUGGAACCGUUGCUUAAAUUGAAAAAUACAGAUAAGCCAUUGAUAUACUUAUGAACUAAGGAAUAGAUUUACCAAAUUAAUAUAUACAUGCUAAUUAAUUGUUUGAAUUGUAAAGAAAUCUUCAAAAUAGAGAAGUACUUACUUUACAGUUAUUUUAACAAACUGUUUAUGAUCAUUAAUUAGAUAUUGAAGGAAUAAUUAAUAUAGUAUAAUCAAUAUCUAUUGUUGAAGAAAAACAUAUCUGCAGUAAUAUUUAUAAUAUUUUAAUUCUUUAGUGCUUGAUAGUUAUAAAUCUACUUUUACAGAGAGAAUAUUAUCUAUUGAAGAUUUACUUAAAAAUAAACAAAAUAUUUUAAGAAUUGAGUAAUUAGAAUAAUUAAAAAGUAUAUAAUAUUUUGAAUAAUAAUUUAAUAAGUAAGUUGAUAAGCAAUAAAAAGAUAAAUAUAAAAAUUUCAAUUAAUUUUAAGAAUGGAUAGCAAAAUCAUUAAAUAUCAAGUUAUCCAUUAAAGAGAAUUAAUAACUAAAAUAAUAAAAUUAAUUACCUUAAUAAUUGCAUUAAGAAUAAUAUUAAUUGCAGUAAUAAAAUAAUUAACUUUAAAAUUCAAUACCCAUAUUAGUUAUUGAAAAUUAACCAUCUGAUAGAACAGCUAAAAGUGUAAGAUCAAAUAUUGUUUAAGAACCACAAAAGAAUCCAUUUCAUGAAGCUGAAAAAGCUUUGAGACACAAAAUUCAAAUAGAAUUAGAGAAAUUCAAAAGGAAACAAUUACCAGAUAAAUAAUAUUCUGGAUAGUUGGUUAAGGAAUCUUUGAACAUCAAUUAAAUGGAUUAAAAUUAAUUAAAAAAAUUUAAAUUAUCUAGUAUAAAAACUAAAUAAAAGUUAUUUGAUUCUCCUGAAAUAUAGUUAGGAGUAAUAAAGAAAUUUAUUUUAAAAGAAGAACUUAAUUGCAAUUUUUUAGAAUUAACUUUUUAUAUAGGAAAUAAAAGAUAAAAGAUCUUAGAAAAUUGUUCUUUAAUUUUUGAUGAACCAAGAGGAUUGUAAUUUUGGGUACCUUAAAAUAAAAUGGAGACAUAAAUAAUGGGUAGAAAAUAAUGUAAAAUGUCCUGCUUGAUAGGAUAUUAAUAUAGUCUAUUUGAACCAUUAAAAGGUAAAUAUAAUUAAUAAGAGGUUAAUUUUAAUGGAUUGAGGAUGAUAAGGUUUGUGAGGCAAUUUUUAUGGUUCCUUGUUUAUUAAGUCAAUUCAUGAAUUUUUUACCAAUAGGGAGGAGAUAUUUUAAAUAUAUUUGGUAGGAGAAGAAGAUAUUUUGUCAUAGAUCAGAGAAAUUUAAAUUGAAUGAGA